AUGGGUCUGAAGUCGGUUACCAUCGGCAGCGUCAUCGCAGCGCUCGCUCGGACGGCAGCGGCAUCGCAGCCUGGUGCAGCGGAACCGGUCCCUGCGCCGAUGCGCGAUCUCGUCUGGGGCAAGCUCAACUUUCUACAUACCACAGACACGCACGGAUGGCACGGCGGUCAUUUACAAGAACCGCAAUAUUCCGCCGACUGGGGGGACUAUGUCUCGUUCGCAGAACAUAUGCGCAAGAGAGCGGACGAGGAUGGAGUUGACCUGCUGCUAGUCGACACGGGCGAUCGCGUCGAGGGAAAUGGCCUGUACGAUGCAUCGAGCCCCAAGGGCAAAUAUUACUACGACAUUUACCGAGAGCAAGAUGUCGACAUCAUAUGCACAGGCAACCAUGAGCUGUACAUCGCGUCCACGGCCGACGGGGAGCACCUGUACACCGUAUCCAAUUUCAAGCAGAACUACAUCGCCUCCAAUCUCGACUACAUAGACCCCAAGUCCGGCGAGAUAAUGCCAAUGGCGCAACGAUACCGCAAGUUCCAGACCAGAAACCAAAAGUUGGACGUAGUCGCCUUUGGCUUCCUCUUCGAUUUCACCGGCAAUGCCAACAACACGAUCGUCCAGCCCGUUCGGGAGACUGUGAGGGAGGAGUGGUUCCAGAACGCCAUCCAAGAAGAGACCGAUGUAUUUUUACGUGUCUUACCAGUAGGGCUCGGAGGGUCAUCGACCUUCUUGAACAACGCGGGCAAGAUCAUGGAAAUCGGGCCCGAUGACAACCGGUUCAUGUCGAUCCCGGAGCAGCUUGUCAUUCACGAGUCCAUCGUCCACGAGGCGCCCGAGUUUGAUAUUAAUGUGGAUGCUUCCCAGCAAAAGCCGCUCAGCGAGAGUGCCGACAGGAGACCUCAUCUGACCGAGGGUUACACGACCAGAGACACCAUCGGUACUGAUGGCGACGACACCCUCCACAAGCCCGUCAACUUUUAUGUUGUGCCCAACUGCGUCCAGGCCGAGGUCGGAUUCCCUCAGGAGGGCGAGCCGGAGGCCGUGGACCUCGUGUUCCUGGACUUUAUCACGCCGUGGAUUCUGAUGGCUUUGAGGAUCGUCGGCGGCGAGUACAGCGAGAAGGACGUGCAGCUCUACGCUGAGGGGACAUUUACCGACAUGAUGGCUGGCUGGAUCGAGGAGAACUGGCCGAAGCAUUCUUCCUCCGCCGCCUUUCACCAGUUCCUGCUGCACCUCGUCCAACGUCGGCAGCUCCCACACCCUCCCAUCCCCUACAUCCCCCGGCAAGGUUCCACCCAGCCGGCGCGCCAGGCGGCCCCGCCUUCGCAAGCCACUCGCGCGCCGUGUCCUCCCUCGCGCGCUCAUACUCCAACACUCCGCAUCCUCCUCGCCCGGCGCAUACCCAUAAUACGCCGCAUUCACUGCCAUCCUCAAAUCCACACCUCUCCUACAACGGACUACUCAUCCAUCCACCUUGGACCUUCGCAGCCGCCUCAAAAACUCCUUCACCCCCGGGCAGCUCCACUUCUCGCACGCGGGAAUACUGUCUUGCUCCUUAAUCGGCGUCCGCCCCCCGAAGCCCCCCGCGCCGAUGAUGCCCACGUCGCCGGCUUUGGCUUUCCGGAACCGGAAGAGCAUGGAUCGCGCUUUCUCGGAUUUGCGCCCCUCGAAAAAAGGAGGAGGGGGGGGGGGGGGCCUUGUCUGUUGCAGGUUGUGGCGCUGUGGCGUGAGCUCACCCGAUAA